AUGCCGUACCACCCGCCUCUCGAGGAAUCCAACGUCAUCGAUGGACUUCGUGUGGGAUAUCUCAAGUUUUUCGGAUUUUGGAACGUCAUUAAUGACUACAAAACAACGGGGAAGAGGAACGCUUUUAUAAAUUUUCAUUUUUACUCGAAUAUCAUUAUCUGUACUCCUUUCAUCGUUCUCCAACUCAUCUGCUACUUCUUUAUAGAUAUGGAUAUUCAAAAGGCUAUAAGAAUAAAUUUGCACUUCCUGCCAGCCAUCAUGAUGGGGGGUAGGAUCAUGGUGUUUUGGUUCCGCAUUGAAAGUCAGAGUAAGCUAUGCAAUUUGAUACAAAAAGAUUUCCUUCAUAUUCCUGAAUACAAGAUGGCUAAAGCUUGUAUUAUAUACCGGAAGAUCACUAGAAAUGCCAAUAUUUUGUGUAUUUUAGCAUACAUUGUUGAUUUCAGUGUAGUUUUCUCGAAUUUAUGUAUCCCUGGGACUCCUGUGGACUAUAUCAUGUACCACAAGGGAAAUAUCUUCGAUGUGAAAACAGGGAAGAAGAAGCUAUUGAGUGCUUGGUAUCCUUUGCCGAUGGGCGAGUCCCCCUAUUACGAAAUAAUAUUCGUUUAUGAAGCCAUUUGUCUCUUAAUAGGAGGAAUAUAUCAACCAACUUAUGCUUGCCUCUUUUAUCAAAUCCUGGUGGGUCUUCACGCCCAAUUUGUAGUACUAGGAUAUCACGCAUCAACCAUGUACGACAGUUCUAAUUCAAAUUCUAACAGAAACUUGAUCGAUACUGAAUCUAAGUGUAACAGUAAGAGCAAUUCGAAUUCUAACAGCAGCUUGAGAAAGAUCGCACAUGAAUACAUAGAUUCUGAUAUGAACAAGGAAUUGUACAGUAUUAUACAAGAUCAUCACAAAUUAUUAAGUUAUGCUGAAGAGUUGAGAAGUGUUUACAAUCCUUUAUUGACGAUGAAUCUGGGCCUAGCGAUAGUGUUUCUUAUUGUUUCACUUUUUCACUACCUUAUGGGAGAAACUGGGGACAUUAUUGAUGGAUUUAAAGCUCUCCAGUUUCUAACCGCACAAAUGGUUGAACUUUUCAUGUUUUGUUAUUGUUCUUCUUGGCUGCAAUCAGCGAGCUCGGAUAUCCAGAUUGCAGUAUACAGCAGCGAUUGGUACAAGGCAGACGUUAAGUUCAGGAAGUCUGCUCAGCUAUUGAUGAUGGGAGCAGAGAAAGGAGUGACCCUGACAGCGAUCAAGAUGUACCCCGUCAAUAAGGAAACUUUGAUGGCUAUACUUCAGUACGUCUACUCAACAUGUGCUCUGAUGUCAGGAUUGUUGGAAAAAUAA